AGGGGAAGAGUUCGAAACGCAGUAGCACCUCGCGCCUCGCCCACGCACGACACCAGCUCGAGCCAAGCGGUUGGCGUAGGUUAGGGUUCCGGCGGCGAUGGCGGGGAAGGGAGGGAAGGGUCUCCUGGCGGCGAAGACGACGGCCGCCAAGAGCACUGACAAGGACAAGAAGAAGGCCCCCGUCUCCCGCUCAUCCCGCGCCGGCCUUCAGUUCCCUGUUGGGCGCAUCCACCGUCAGCUCAAGUCGAGGGCGUCGGCCCACGGCCGCGUCGGCGCCACCGCCGCCGUGUACUCAGCCGCCAUCCUCGAGUACCUCACCGCCGAGGUCCUCGAGCUCGCCGGCAACGCCAGCAAGGACCUCAAGGUGAAGCGUAUCACCCCGCGCCACCUCCAGCUCGCCAUUCGCGGGGACGAGGAGCUCGACACGCUCAUCAAGGGCACCAUUGCCGGCGGUGGCGUCAUCCCGCACAUCCACAAGUCCCUCAUCAACAAGACCGCAAAGGAGUGAGGACGAUAUCCGUCUCACCUGUGUACCUGUGCCUGACUACCCUAUAUGCUGGGUAGCCGACUCUGUUGUGUUGUUUAAGUUGUGGUAAACUGGACUCGUUUAUCAGUAGGUGUAUCCUUGUAUGUGUUAAUUACUCUUCAGGAGGGACAUGGUCUCUGAGUGCCUGUAAAAUUUGCGCUAAAUUUUCUACCUCUUGUAUGCCUAAGUAUCUGAUGUUCUGAACCCUGGUUCAAUCAGUUGCGUUUAUAUUGU